AUGGCUGUUGACCAAGAAUCAAGCACAGAGUCACUCCACCAUAUUCCUGAAGCUAAACCUCUAGUGAUGUCAUCUCAAGUUGAGAGCCAGGUUUCUCUAAAACCUGAGUUCAUUCCGCAAAUUUGUGUUCUUGAAGAUUCUGGGUUCAUGGAAACAAACGACACCAUGGUGAAGCUAUAUACACCGGUUACUCCUGAUAAGUGGAGUUGUGGAGGUGAAGUGAUUACGAAGCAGAUGGAUGAAGGCAAGUGGAUUCAAGAGAAUCAAGGAACACUUGGGAUCAUCCAAAGGUCGCUCUCAAGUUCAAUCCUGGAAGCUGAUACUCAUGAAGGGACGGCUAAGGAGUUGUUGGAGAGUAUGGAAGCUGUGUAUAAGGACAGAUCCCAUCUGGGCAAGGUUUUUGUGGUCAAGCGGGCCAUUGAGGAGCUGAAGCAAGAUGGAGAAGAGCUCAGUAAGCAUCUUGAACGGUUUAAGAGCUUAUGGGCAGAGUUAAAGGCGCUCAGACCGAGUACCUUGGAUAAAAUCGUACUGAAGAGAAGGCUAGAGCAAGAUGAAGUCUUGAGUCUCCUGCUGAGUUUAGAUAAGUCCUAUGAUAAACUGGCCAGGAAGAUACUCACAGAAGAAACUCUACCUGAUGUAGAGAGUGUGUGUGGUAUGUUGAAGCAGAAGCAAGCAACAACUCAGCCAGAGGAGAGGAGACAGAUUACUGAACUACAACAAGUAAUCAGUGGCAAGAGCUUACACGAGAAGGGUAGAGCUGAUGAGGUGAUUACCAGAAGAGAGUGGGAUGCAUUUGUAGCUGAAGCAAAAGCACUCAUUGCAUCUAAGAAGCAAGGAAUUCAGCCAGUAAGGUCUAAACCUAUUAUUGUGGAUUCUGGAGCCAGUCAUCACAUGAUCAGUGAUAGGAGCCUGAUGGAUGAAGUGAGAGCAGCUACUGGGGAUGUUCAGAUAGCAAAUGGAGAUAAAAUUCCUAUAGAAGGGAUAGGAAACUUGAAGCUAUUUGACAGGGAAUCAACAGCCUUGUACCUGCCUCAGUUUACUUCCAAUUUGAUAUCUGUGAAGAGAGCUACUGUUGACUUGCAAUGUCAAGUAGUAUUCAGGCCAGAGGAGGUUGAGUUUCAAGAUCUCAUUACUGGUCAAGUGAUUGGAAAGGGGAGCAGCACCAACAACCUAUACCAGCUACAAUCAACUAAGCUCUCUAAACCCUCUAUCUCUAUAUGCAUGAGUAGUACUUCUGAUGAUUGUGAUAGCAUUACUUGGCAUGCUAGAUUAGGACAUCCUCACCCUCGCGCCCUUGAGCUCAUGAUGCCUAAUCUAUCAGUUAAUCACCUGGAAUGUGAAGCAUGCAUACUAGGGAAGCAUUGCAAAACUGUUUUUCCCACAUCUGAAACUGUCUAUGAGAAAUGCUUUGACUUAAUACACUAUGAUGUGUGGACAUCUCCAUGUAUAUCUAGGGAUAAGCAUAAGUAUUUUGUGACUUUCAUAGAUGAAAAAUCUAAGUAUACAUGGGUCACAUUGCUUCCUUCCAAGGAUAGAGUGUUAGAGGCAUUUAUAAACUUCCAAGCUUAUGUCACUAAUCAGUAUAAUACUACUGUGAAGGUACUAAGGUCAGACAAUGGAGGGAGGGUGUUGGUGUCUAGAGAUGUUAAAUUCAUUGAAGGGAAAGGGUAUUAUGAAGAAAAGAUAUGGGAUGAUUUGAAGGAUCUUCCACAAAUGCCAUCAGAUAAGGCAACAAAUCUGAGGAUGGUAUUGGAGAAUCUUGGGAUUAGCAUGACCCAGGAUCAGGGAACAAGAAGAGAACCACCAAGAAGCACAAGUACUCAUGAGGAGGAAAGUGAAAGGAUCUCCCCUCUUGAUCAUGAGGGGGGAAGUGAAGCUGAAUCAGGAGUGCAACAACAACAGCAGAGUGAUUCAGGAAGUCAUGAUCAAGGAGAGACACAAGGAGAAGAGAGUCCAAGAUCAGAUGGAGAUGCGCAGGCUGAUAGAGAGAGUCCAAGAUCGGAUGCGCAGACUGAUAGAGAUGAGCAUGCAGCUAUGCAAAAUCCAGUCGAGUCAUUUGGGAUUCAGGAACCAGAAACAGAGGUUCAACCACUGAGGAGAAGUACCAGGGUGAAGAAAGAUCCAUCAAAUUGGGUGAACACAAGGAUGUGCUACAAUGCGGAGGCUGUAGCACAUCCGACUCAACCAGUAUGUUCGUUUGCAACAUAUCCAGAGGAGCAUGUGGUCUUCAUGUGUAAUCUGGAUGAGAAUGAGAUCCCAAGGUCUUAUGAGGAAGCCAUGAAACAUAAGGAAGCUGAGUACAACUCUCAAUGA